UGAAUAUAAACUCUGGAGACCUCAGAUUGGGUUUGCGACUGCUCUGUCCUUCAGCAUCUAACUACUUCAACUGUCUAUUACAGAGACUACAAUGUCAUCAAAACUAGUCAUUGAACAGCCUGCUCCAGUUAUGGAGUCAAAAGUCACUGACCACCAAUGGAGUACAGGAAUUUGUGACUGCUGUGAGGAUAUGCCUCAGUGUUGCUUUGCAUUUUGGUGUUGUCCUUGCUUCGCUUGUAUAACCACACGAGACUAUGGGCAGUGCCUUUGUCUCCCUAUGUUGGAAAUAUUUGGUGGUUUCAUUACACCGAUCAAUCUCGCUAUGAGAGUCUCCAUGCGUCAUCGCUAUGGCAUUAAAGACACCAUCUGCCGAGACUGUUUGUUUGCAACCUGUUGCACGGCAUGUUCCUGGUGCCAAAUGGCUACAGAAAUGAAGAGAAGAGCAAUCCCCAUCACGCUCAUCAGUGCCCGGCCUAAAUGUGAUUGUACAGGGGAAAGGGUGAGGUCAGUUAAGUAUCACUCAGCCAAUAUCAGGUGAAACAAGUUUUGAGGUAUUACUUCACACACACACAUACUAGGGUCGACUGAAUAGAAUGGAAUAGAAUAGAUCUUUAUUGUACAUAAAAACAUUUUAAAGUGCAUACCUUUUAUCUGUGCAAAAGAGAGUUCAAGAACUUCUAAACAUAGUAAUUAAUACCUAAAAAUGAAUAAAUAAUAAAUUAAACUCUAAAAGGAAAACGAAACAUACAACCUUACAUACACACAAACAAUACAUUUCACAUUCUGCUGGAAUUCUAACUUCUCAUGUAAAAAUCAGGUUUUAGCGGAAUUUAGGGUGCAAGUUUCGCAACGAAGCGAUAGUGGGAAAGUAGCCUACAUCAAGAUGGGGACUCAGAAGAGACUUCUCUGUUGAAUUGAAUUUAAAUAAACCAAUCACAUGCAACCAGCAUUUAAUUCUGAUCUCUCUAUGGGCAAAUAAAUGCUAUGCUAACACCCCUUUAUUGUAAGAAUGGGCCAUUCUGCUGUCCUACAUGUAUGUGAUACAAUUCUAUAUUGGCAAAAGGCAGACCACAGAAUGAUUUAAUGAUUUAAACCACACAAUGAUUAAUGUAAUUCAAUGAAUUACAUAAAUCAGCAAUACUACUACUACUACUACUACUACUAA